AUGCCGACCUCGAUGCCUAAUCCGUCCAUUCGCAUCCCAAUUGAGCUCCUCACUCCCACCGCCUUCAAUCAAUUCGGUACUGUGAUUGAGAACCCUGCUACCUCUCCAUCCUCCAAACUACCCAUUCCCCACCGCAUACCACCUCCAGAUGCAGUGCACACAAACCAGGGUUCUGCGACAAAGUAUCUCCAUGUCGCCCACUUGUCAAAUCUCUACAGUCUUGCGCCGAGUAAGAAACCUGCCAGACCAGUCAUGAACAUGUUUGUCUGUUCGCCGCGCAGUCUGCGACCACAUGAGCCGAGUAUGAGCAUGCCCAGCAGUUGGGGCGAUCUCGACUUCGACGACGAAGACGACGGCAACGGAAACUUCCACAAGCAACUGUUGGACAUCACCAUACUGGAAAGACAUCCAUUUACCACACAAACAUUCAUCCCCAUGGGCCUUUCGCAGCAUGAAAAGCACACCCAAUACCUGGUUAUUGUGGCACCAACGUUGCCUGCCAGUGCAUCCAAAAGACAUACCGGGCGACCACCACCAUACCCUACCCCCAAGCUACAAAGAAGCAAGAGCAUCAAAGACAUCUUUGCCAGGGCCAGACCACGGCCUUACUCUGUGACCGUUGAUCCCUCGCCUAGCCAAUUCUCAAGGCUACACCCCUCAGCACGUCCAAAAGGCCCAGGCCUACCAGACUUGAAAAAUCUACGCGCAUUCGUAGCGAGCGGAACUCAGGCCGUCACGUACGGGCCAGGCACUUGGCAUGCUCCCAUGAUUGUUAUAGGGGAUCGACCAAUUGAUUUUGUUGUCGUACAAUAUGCAAACGACGUUGGUAUUGAAGACUGCCAGGAAAUUGUCUUGAAGGCAGACAACGCCUCCGCAGAGGGCGUGGUUGUCAUGGUGGACACCGACUCUGCAGGAUCGGUGCAAGUCAAGGCAGGUGUCGGUUCGGUCAAGGCAAAACUCUAA